UUCCAGGCUGGUGCUGGCUAGCGACAUCUCCAACGGCAAUGUCGCAGUGACUCAUCUGGUCAAUACGCGACAGCGCCGCCCUCAACGAUUAUGCCCUUUUUUAAACACUCCCUUUUUUGCCAAUUUCAGUUCUUUCUUCUCUGUCUUUCUUGAUUCCUCUUUGCUCUCUCUCUUUCUCUCUGCGAUCUGCGGUCGGAUUGGCUUUCAAGGAAGCAUGACGGAAAAUCAACCAGAUAAACCCUUGAUACCACCAUCAUCGCGGAACCUUCCUGAUUUCAAAAAGUCUGUCAAAUUGAAGUAUGUCAAGCUUGGUUAUCACUACCUCAUUACCCAUGGGAUGUACCUCUUUGUUUCCCCUCUCGUGGUGCUAAUUGCAGCACAGCUCUCUACUUUCUCCCUCCAAGACCUCUAUGAUCUUUGGGAGCAUCUACAGUACAAUUUAAUAUCUGUUAUUAUUUGCUCAACACUCCUUGUUUUUCUGUCUACCCUCUACUUUAUGACCCGCCCCCGACCAGUUUAUCUUGUCAAUUUCUCCUGUUACAAGCCUGAUGAAUCUCGAAGAUGCACGAAGAGGAUGUUUGUAGAUCAAUCCCAGAUGACUGGUUCUUUUACAGAGGAAAAUCUUGCAUUCCAGCGUAAGAUCCUUGAGAGAUCUGGUCUUGGUGAAAACACUUACCUUCCAGAGGCUGUCCUCAAUAUUCCUCCUAACCCUUCAAUGGCAGAGGCCAGAAAAGAAGCUGAGAUUGUGAUGUUUGGUGCUAUAGAUGAGCUAUUUGCUAAGACCUCUGUAAAGCCUAAGGACAUAGGAAUUUUGAUUGUGAAUUGCAGCCUUUUUAACCCAACUCCAUCACUGUCUGCAAUGGUUGUCAACCAUUACAAGUUACGAGGGAAUAUAAGGAGCUACAAUCUUGGUGGGAUGGGUUGCAGUGCAGGACUGAUCUCAAUUGAUCUUGCCAAAGAUCUUCUCCAGGUCCAUCCCAACUCAUAUGCAUUGGUCAUUAGCAUGGAGAACAUUACAUUGAACUGGUAUUUUGGAAAUGACCGGUCAAAGCUUGUCUCAAAUUGUUUGUUUCGUAUGGGAGGAGCUGCGGUUCUGCUUUCAAACAAAUCCUCUGACAGGAGAAGAUCAAAAUACCGGUUGGUCCAUACUGUUCGGACUAACAAGGCUGCUGAUGACAAGUGCUUUUCCUGUGUUACCCAAGAAGAAGAUGCUGAAGGCAAGGUUGGUGUCACUUUGUCAAGAGAUCUCAUGGCUGUUGCAGGUGAUGCUUUGAAAACUAACAUUACCACACUGGGACCUCUUGUCCUUCCAAUGUCAGAGCAGUUGCUAUUCUUCGCUACUUUAGUUGGGAAGAAGCUUUUCAAGAUGAAGAUCAAACCUUACAUUCCAGACUUCAAGCUAGCUUUUGAACACUUCUGCAUCCAUGCUGGAGGUAGAGCUGUGCUAGAUGAACUGGAGAAGAACUUGCAGCUGUCUCCUUGGCAUAUGGAACCAUCAAGGAUGACACUUUACCGGUUUGGCAACACAUCUAGCAGUUCACUUUGGUACGAGUUGGCUUACACAGAGUCCAAAGGGAGGAUAAGAAAGGGAGACAGAACAUGGCAGAUAGCAUUUGGUUCUGGAUUCAAGUGUAACAGUGCGGUGUGGAAGGCACUCAGAACAAUCAAGCCUGAGAAGGAGAAGAACCCUUGGAUGGGGGAAAUUCACAACUUCCCUGUUGAUGUUCCCAGGGUUUCAACCAUCUAAACGAUGAAUAGAUUCUUUUAUUGGGAGUGAAUCGGCAUCAUGUAGUGGCCAUUUUGCCUGUUGAAACUUGAAUCUUCUUACUUGAGUUUCCUCUAAUUCGUGAUGACUGCUUUCAGAGAUAAGAUUGUUGUAGGAAUUGCUUGGGAAUGGUGGUAGGUCCUGGUUGUGGUGGGCUUUUGUUAUGCCUAGUUGUGGUGGGCUUUUAUUAUGGUUGUUAUUGGUGGUUCAGCUACGAUUCUGCUGGGAUUUGUGUCUUAAGAAUCUUUUUGUUGGUCUGUACUUGUUUAACUGUAAAAUUCUUGAAACAUUCAAAACAUGGUUCAAAUUCUGAACA